ACCCACUGUUCCUAGGCAGUCAUUGUAAAUAAGAAAUUCUUAACUGACUUGCCUCGUUAAAAAAAAAUGUUUUAAAUGGAGAUUAAGUCUAGCAUGAAUGUGCAUCCUUGUAGCUGUGUGGACUAAUAUAGUAAAAAUGUUUGUCUUGGGGUAAGUUGGUCACCGUACUAAUGAUACAAUUCUGUCCGUUUUAUGCACACUAUUAUUGCAAUGUGUCAUGGAUAUGAACAACAAAAAAAUAUUGUGCAUUUUUAUUGUUACAGAGCAGACGUCAUCAUGCACUAGGUAUACAAACGUAAAGCAAGCAAAAGUCUAGCCCCCCUUGUGGUUCUUGAGAGAGCAGCGACAGGAAGUGAGAGAAGGGGAAAAGUACAUUCGAGUAGCAGCAAAGGGAUGCAACUUCUAACUGAAUGACACUGAAGAGGAACACUGACAAAAGAAUAUGAACAUGCACCUGCGUCAAAGAGGAUAUGAUAGAGUAGCAGGGUCUUAUCUGAUCUCACUGACCAGUUUUAUGGGUUGAUUCGUGUCAAAUGCAGAGAACUUGCCCAUGAAUUGGCACAUCGAAAUAACAUCCAUGUCCCAGACAACUGGUGAAGAAAUGGAAGGGUAAGUGAUAUUGAACAUAAAUGUAUGCCUACAUUCAGAUAUAGAUCUAAAAUAUAUCACACCCCCAUUCCAUGAACUUUGACCUACCACUACCAUCACAGACAACUACCACCCACUUACCCCAAGGUGGCUCAACUUACCCUGUCCCUAUGCCCAACUUACCCCAUACACAGAGACCCUUUAUUGGACAAGCUAUGUUUUCAAAACAGUUAUGUUUACAUGAAAUCGUAUUAUUUCCAGGGAUACACAACAUCCUGAAAUAUAUGUAGAUAUCUUUGUUAGACAUAACUGUUUCCCUUGACGUUGAAUGUAAAAAGAAAAAAAUGGCUCAACAUACCCUACUCUCCACCACAGCAUACCAGUUCUGCCAUCCAUCUUGUUUUGUGUAAAUAUGAGGCAGUUUCCAGAGUUGCCCCAUAAGUUACCCAUACCCAGUGACUCCCUUAUUUAUAUAUUUGAACAUUCUACAUAAUGAUCCACCCUUCGUGCAUGGAUGAUUAUACUUGAAUAAAAAUUCCUUCCAUAGAGCAAAAACAGUAAAACUGUGUGAAAAAUCAUGAAGAAUCAGUAGAGAAGACCGGCUAUAGCUGAGGACAACAGCAGAGAGAGGACUGUUUGCAUACAUCUCUAUUUACGCUGAGGAGCGGGUGACGUCAAAUGACUUGGGGGAUGAGCAAGUAAAGAAAGUCUACACAGCCUCAGUCGUUGGAAGCUAAUGAGAAUUGAUUGGUGAUUGUUGUUAAACCUCUACACUGAGUGAGAAAGAUCUCGACAUAAGCAUUCUGGUAAUGAAAACAACACAGGAAGUCAACAAUCACCGUGAGUGAGCCAUCAACCCUUCAACCUGAACCAAGAGAGUGCGUUUCUAGUGAGAAACAAAGAGUCUCUUAGCAGUGGUUAUUAUUGAUGUGGGAUUUUUACCUGGCAACAACUCCUUGAUACCCCAUCGUAAAUGACAACUUGGGGCUAGAGUUCAACUGCAGGCUCAAAAUGACAGCUUGUAACUUUUGACACAGACAGACACCAGACAAUGACAUGGAGGUGCGCGCGUACAUGGACUAUCCCGUUGCGAUUUAUAGCAACGUCACAGACCAGUUGAAUGGCUCCUCAGCCACCUCCUCUGGGCUGGCAGGAAAGGAACCUGACCCCUACCAGCAUUACACCAUCAGCGUCUUCCUCUCCUGCCUCUACACAAUCUUCCUUUUCCCCGUGGGCUUCAUCGGGAACGUCCUCAUCCUGGCCGUCAACCUGAGCCACAGGGGCCGCAUGACCGCCCCCGACCUUUACUUUGUCAACCUGGCAGCUGCCGACCUGGUCCUAGUGGCUGACUCCCUGAUCGAGGUGUUCAACCUUAGCGAGCACUACUAUGACAUGGCUGCCCUGUGCACCUUCAUGGCCCUGUUCCUGCAGGUCAACAUGUACAGCAGCGUCUUCUUCCUGACCUGGAUGAGCUUUGACCGGUUUGUGGUGCUGGCGGGCUCAAUGAGUCUGGGCAGAAGCAUGCCCCGGGCCCGCCUGACCUGCUGCCUGAUCUGGGUGACCUCCGCCCUGCUCACCCUGCUGCCCUUCACUGUGGCCCAGGUGCAGCACGCUGGGGAGCUCUACUUCUGCUUUGCGAACGUAUCCCAGAUCCAGUGGCUGGAGGUCACGCUGGGCUUCCUGCUGCCCUUCUGCGUGCUGGGCCUCUGCUACUGGAGGAUCGCCCUGGUUCUGGUGAACGCUCAAAGGGAGCACAGUGGGCUGCAGCGGCGGCCACAGAAGCGGAAGGCUUUGAGGAUGAUUUCUGCGGCCGUGUUGGUGUUCUUUGCCUGCUGGUUACCGCAGAACAUGUUUGUCAGCGUGCACCUGCUUAGAGGCGAUGUGGAUGGAACGCUGUGGCAUGACUACCCUCUGACGGCCCACAUGGUCAACCUUGCUGCCUUCUCCAACAGCUGUCUCAACCCCCUGGUCUACAGCUUCCUGGGGGAGACCUUCCAGGACAAGCUAAGGAGCUUCAUCAAGGAAAACAUCAGCUGGGCCAAGUUAGACAGCUCCUGCUGGAGUAGCUAGCCCCUCUAGCCUACCCACUGCAAGCUCCUGCCCCCAUCCCAUACUUAAAAGUACAAGUCCCACCACACAACCUCUCCAACGCUCCUGCUGCCUCUACAAACCAGCCAUCCAUCCUUCAAAUCAAAACUCACCAACAUACGUGUGCCCUGGACAGCUAAGUGGUGUGUCUGAUUUCAAUCACUUUCUGACCUUACUCCUUUUGACUUAAAUCUUUCCAUAGAUAGUUUUGUGUAUAUAUAAUGUAUGUGGACACCCCUUCAAAUGAGUGGAUUCGGCUAUUUCAGCCACACUGUUGCUGACAGGUCUAUAAAGUCAGGCACAACGCCACGCAAUCUCCACAGACAAACAUUGGCAGUAGAAUAGCUUUACUGAAGAGCCCAGUGACUUUCAAUGUGGCACAGUCAUAGGAUGCCACCUUUCCAACAAGUCAGUUGUU